UGCGUCAGUUGAUUACAGAAUGUUUCGCCGAACAAUCGUGAUUUAGCUGUGUAGAAAAAGUGUUUGACAAAGUGAUUCCAUCGAACUCUGCUUAUUAAAUUUAGUAACUGUGUUCUUAAAAAUGUAUCGUUCUGUUAAUAAAAAAAUGUGUUUAAAAAAGAAGGACUAUAAUGAAAAUAAGGAAGUGUCAUUGAUCCAUUAAAUUAAACAGAGGAAUCUAUUCUAAAUCGACAAAGAGAAAGGCGAGUACCUUUUUCGGCUCUGUAAAGAAUACACGGUAAACUCAGCCCUAUUACACUCACAUAACUGAGUGCAGAAGAAAUGGAGUCUCCACGAACGGAAUCAACGAUGUCCGCAAAAAGCGAGCCUGCAACACCAAUAAAAAUUACAACAAAACCAGAAUGUGAGCAUGUAACACCAUUAGAAGUGACAACAACAACACCGGAGUUGAAAAACAAUGGCGGCGUCAUGAACCGUAACACACUGGAAUCGGAUCGCGAUGACGGCUUUUCAGAUAUCGAUGAGCGCCCUUUGAAUAAGUCUGAAAAUACCAAAAAUUGUGCCAAAUAUCUUUUGACCACUAUAAUACCCACUUGUCUGGCUGAUUGUAAAAAAGCGUAUGAAGAGAAUGGCAAUGCUCUGACGAAAACUGAGCGUCGAAAGCUUACUGGUGCCAUAAUUAAGUACUUUCGAGUUAAUAAGAUACUCUUGAAAACGGAAGUAGCUACUGAUCUGGCCAAACAGAUAAAGCGGCAUUUUCCUACAGAAAAAAAGCGCGACUGGUAUAAGCAUAAGAACAGCACAAGUCGUGGCCGCUUACAUAGAAGGUACUACAAUUACCUUCGUCGUAAACAAUUUAAAAUAUUUAAUUUACCGAUACCACAACGCCAGUGGUGGCAGGAGGAAAAAGCGUUAGAUCCAAACGAGUUUGCAAAAUGCGACAUUGCAGACGAAUGUCCAAAAUCAGACGACCAAUGUAUGGACGACAAAAAAUCGUUAGAUUCACAAGGGUUUAUAAAAUGUGAUGGAGGACCCGAUUGUCCGUUUCCAGACGCCCACGGUGAGAAGUACAAAGAGGCAUUAGAUCCAGAAUGCGAUGAUGAACACGAUGAUGCAAAACUAGACGGCCAAGGUGAGGAGGACAAAGAAUCAUUGGAGUACGGAGGGUACUUUCAAUUUGCCGAUGGUCGAAAUUGUCCAAAAAAAGAAGAUCGCUUAGAACGCUUUGAUAAUGGCAUGCAGCGCGUAGAGCUUUGGCUGCAAGACGUCGUCAAAUGUGGAAAUGCCAUGGAUGCGAUCGACAUAUGGAAGGACAAAUGGAUGUAUCGGAGAGAACAGCUCGAACAGCUACAAGCAGGCGACACGCAGCAACUCGAAGCAUUCCUCACCGAAUGGGCAGCCUACAAGGGCGACAAUGGCCGAAAAUUGUUGAGCUACGACUUCGAACAAAUGUACCCCGGCAAAAUAGAAUACUAUAACAAGCAAUUGUCUCAUUUCAAUGCGUUUAUCUUCUCAUAUAUGGCGGUACAUUUAAAAGAUGGAAAAUUUCUGAAGUUCUUUGAACAGUACAGAAGUAAAAUGGUAACCUUUAAUAAGGAUCAAAAUUUCACGUACCUUCACAUGAUGCACGAUAUCAUGCAUCCGCAAAGCUGUUACAGCACGACCGAGAACUCGCGACCUUACAGCACCGCCGAAUCAGAGCGUGCAUCCAUGCGUAUUGUGCAGAACGAAAGUGAGGCGGACAGCUACAACGAGUGGCAUCCAUGCAUAUUUGUCUUGUUGGGAAAAACGCAGGGAAGCAAUCGGUUCAUUGUGGCUUGGCGCGAUGUGCGUUACCACUUGCCGCUCGGUGAAGCCUUACUCGCCGCCAUACAGCUGUACUUACUCUUCAAGCUGGACUAUCCACCGCCGUGUGCGAGUUUCUGGCAAUUCGUACGUUCGUACUUUUUACAUAUCGUAUUGCCGCAGGAUAUAUCUUACGUUAGGUUAGAGAGUCUAAAGAUCUACAUAGAAUUAUUAAAUCCAAUUCCUUUACCACCUCUGCCGCCACCGCCGCCACCGCUGCUUUCUUUGCCGUACUUCUUAAGAAAAAAAUUUGAUUAACAGCCUUUAGCAGUAAUUUGAAAUUUUUUGACGUAGUGCACGUCAAAUCAGCCGUAAUAAU